AUGGCAACGUACUUCUUCCUUGGCCUUCUAUUAACGGCCGUUGGUACCAGCAGCAGCAGCAGCGCAUCUGAUCUAGAAGGAACAUGGACAACCAAGUCCCGCCAGGUUGUGACAGGUCCGGGCUUUUACGAUCCUAUUGGUGAUAAAUUCCUCGAACCCAAUCUCACUGGUAUCUCGUACUCGUUCAGCGCCGAUGGACAUUAUGAAGAAGCCUACUAUCGUGCCAUUGCCAAUCCCCAGGAUCCUUCCUGCCCAAAAGGGGUUAUGCAAUGGCAGCACGGUACCUAUACCGUAAACAGUGAUGGAUCGGUGGACCUGACUCCGAUCGCUGUCGAUGGACGCCAGCUUUUAUCAGAUCCUUGUCAGUCCUCUACGGGUACCUAUACCAGAUACAACCAGACUGAGCACUUUGAGUCGUUCGCUGUCUCGGUAGAUUCAUACCAUGGUGUCCAACGCCUUGACGUCAAGAAUUUCGACGGAUCGCCGAUGCAUCCAAUGUAUCUUAUAUAUAAACCGCCACAGAUGUUACCCACACAGACGCUCAAUCCAAGCUCCUCCAGCAAGAGUAAACGCCAGGUCGAGGGAGGUACUGGAGGUCGCUUUAGCAUAAAAGAUUUGGUCAGCAGGGAGAAAGUUGGUGACCCGAAUAACUGGCUGUGGCUUGGUAUAUUCAUGACUACACUAGGAGGGAUCACCUUCUUUCGCUCUUAG